AUGGAAGACGUUGCGGCGCGCACAGUCAACUCUGGAGAUAACAGCUACCAGCUGCGAGCGGCCACAGCGGUGUGCCGGGGCUACACAGUGUACCAGGCCGUGGACAAGCGGGGCCGGCGCUGCGUGGUGAAGGAGCUACACGGAGUGGACGCGGCUUCGAUACCGCCGUCGGUGCAAGAGCGCGAGCUGGAGCGGUUUAUGGUCGGGGAAGACGCGUUCGUCGUCUACGGGCGGGGCGAGCUGGAGGAAGAGGGCCUGGACUACUUCAACUAUCUAUCCGGAGACGCGGAAGAGGCGGAGAGCGGGCGUGCAGACGGGCGGACGGCGCGCGACGCGGGGCAAGGCGUUGCUGGCAACGGCCCUGCGGCGUGCGGGGGCGAUGGGGAGGCGCCGGCGUCGAUCCUGGAGAAACCGCGCGAGCGGCAGCGCCAGGGCUCGUGUGUGUUCGUUCCCAGCGAGCCGCAGGGCCCGGUGAAGCGUGCGCACUGCGGGAAGAGCAUCAGCCGGCUACCGCGGACACCGCUGCCCAGAGCGAGCGUGCGCGUGCAGGAUCGGGGCGGCUGCGCCACGGCCGCGCGGAGCGCGCUGCGCGACGCAGCCCCAACUAGCGGCAAUAAUGACUAUUACGAAGAUGAAGAUGCGGAUGAAGAGGACGACGAGGACGAGGACGAGGACGACGAGGACGAUGAGGACGACGAGGACGACGAGGACGACGAGGACGAAGAGGACGAAGAGGACGACGAGGACGAAGAGGACGACGAGGACGAAGAGCUGCUUCCCGACGACUCGUUGCCCAAAUUCCUAUCACCGUGCGUCUUUCUGAAUGAGUAUCCGCAGAAGAAGCCUCAGGAGGAAUCGUUUGUGCUUACGCCUGUGUGCCACCCUACUUCGGAAUACGCAAUACCACCGUCGCCGGCCCCCCUGCUCAAGGAGCGGAAAGUCCUUCCCAGGACACCGAUGCCGCACCAGUUCCCGAAGGCGAAGCGGCGGGGACCUUCGCCAGGCACCAGCUGCUUUGCUGCGUCCGUGGCCUGUUCUCCGUACGAUCUUUCGCCCGCCGGGCAUCCAACAUCUCCGAUGAGCCACCUGGGGUCGUCGCUCUUAUCGUUCGAAUGUUCGGGCGGGAUAGAGCUGAAUCUGGACGCGAACAAGAUGCUCAACAGGCGGAAGCUCAGGAAUGGCAAGAUAUAG